AUGAAGAUAAUGUUGAUCAGUACAUCCAUAAUUCAGAUUUUAACAGCACUUAUGACAGGGUUCCUGCAAGGCAGAAUGUUGCCAGUCAGCUCAGGCACUGCAUUCCUUCCAGUGGGCCCAUGUCGCGUGUUUGGCCGCACCACAUGCUUCAUCACUUACAAUGUGGUGGCUGCCUUCACUUUAUAUGUAGAGCUAUUGAUCCUUAAUACGAUGUUCUGCCGUUAUCGAAUGCUGCGGUACAAAGAGCUCAAACAGCUGAAUUCCUAU